AUGCCGGUCCCGCCCCUUCCCCUCGAACUCAUCGCCCUCGUUUGCGAGCACCUCGAGACGCCUGUAUGGAGCCCGCACGAACCCGUGCCCGACGGGCUCAGCAUGGCGCUCACCUGUCGAGCAUGGAAGGGACUCGGAUACCGCCUCAUGCUGCGCCGAACGGAAAUAUUCCUGACCAUGCACCCGACCGGUCGUGGCAAUCGCCUAGCUCGCCUACUCCUCGAGAAGCCCAGCCUGUGCUCCUACAUUGAGGAGUUGAAGCUAAGAACGGGACUCUUCGAGUAUGCGGGUCUGGACGAUGUCUCCGAAGAGGAGUUCGUGCACCGGCUACUCAGCCAGACAUCAUCCAUCCGUCUCCUCCGCCUCUCGCCUCCUUCCCGCCGCACUCCCCAAUAUCUGCAAGCACUCCCACCGACCGUCUUCUCCGAUCCCUUGCGCACACUGCAUCUCGAUUGUGCCGGUUUCCGGCCGAGCGCGAUUGACCGCGUCCUCGACACUCUCGCUCGCCUUCCUCGCCUCGACAGCCUUUGUCUCAGCCCGUCCAAACCGGGCCUUGCCCGCCUCGAGAUCAACUGCGAAGCCGACGUCUACGACGCCUCGCUCGUGCGAUCUAUCGUCACGGGUGUCCUCGAUGCCAUCCGUACCGAAUCGGUCCGCUCCUUGUCCCUUGUUUGCGCCGACGAAGACUUCCCGUCCUUCCUGAAGAUGAUCAUGGCAUGCAGCGACGUCCGCCAUCUUCGCAUCGUGUUGUCGCGACUUCCCUUCGAAUGCCUAGCCGACAUCAAAACAGGCGGAUUCUCGAAGAUCCUGGAGGUCACCAGUACUCUCAAACACCUCCGAGUCCUGGGCAUCGAGCAACCGCCUGAGGGAUUGGAUGAGCGCCCGGGGUCGCCUCUUCCUAUCGAAACCUUCCUCGCACUCUUCGCUCCGACGAUCCGUCGUCUCGACUUCAGCUGUUGCCAAUUCGAGAACGACUGGUUCGUUGUGCCGCUGUACGAGCCGGGGACGGACGGUCUGAUCGUGCGGCGUCAGGCGAAGGUGCGAAACUGGGAACUGGACGACCGGCACGGAGACGAGUUUACGGAUCUGGUCGAGGUGGAGAAUCUGGAAGGGAUCGUCUGUUGGCGCCGCAUGGACAGGCAUCAGCCACCUCCAGCUCUCUCUCAACUUCCGCCGGUGUAUCACUAG